CAUGCGCAGCUUCCCGCCGCGCCGCCGUUGGCGAGCAGCAUUGUGGGGCCGCGGCGCAAGAUGGCGGCGGUCGCGGCGGUGCUGCAGGCGGCGUCUCGUCAGAUCUUCCGCAUACCAUGUGUUGGACAAGUAAGGGGUUAUUACGUUGACUGGAGGAUGGUACGUGAUGUUAAGAGAAGGAAGAUGUCUUUUGAAUAUGCAGAUGAGAGGCUGCGGCUGAAUUCCCUUAGGAAAAACAAAAUUUUGCCCAAAGAACUCCAGGAAGUGGCUGAUAAAGAGAUUGCUGCCCUUCCCCGGGACAGCUGCCCAGUGAGGAUCCGUAAUCGAUGUGUUCUGACAUCCCGUCCACGAGGCGUAGUGUGGCGAUGGAGGUUAAGCCGAAUUGUCUUCCGCCAUCUGGCUGACCAUGCGCAGCUCUCCGGAGUACAGAGAGCAAUGUGGUGAGCCACCACCGGCAAGGCUUUUCUUCAAAAAAGACAAAACU